GGCCGCGUUUUAUCUCUCUCAGUUUCCUGUUUACAUAGCAGUCUUCGGCUCAAGACGGGACACAAUGGGCGAGUCGAUAAGGGUUAGGGUUGAGAGGAUGAACAUCCAUACAUUUCACGUUCAACUCUAUUCCGUACACAGUAUUCCGUAUUUUCAUUGCACACCACAUGCACCUUGAUGGCCCGCGCAGAUUUUCAAUUUCUGGGUUGCAAAACUACGCGCACUCAACCCAGCUGAACAAGCUGAGAGCCUUCCAAGCAGCGCAUCUAAAAAUUCGAAUUUGGCCACUCUCCUUACUUUACGACGCAUCGCGCCCACAUUGCUCCGCUGCCAACAUGGGGGAAAAGGACAAGAAGAAGGAAAAGAAACCCAAAAAAGAAGCGGCUGCUAUGCUUGCAGGCGCUACAGGCGUGAACAUGGAGAAGAAGUCCAAAAAGGAUGAGGCCAGCCAGCCUGGUGUUCGAGAGACUGAGGCUCCCGCAGCCGUCAAAUCCGGUGAGCAGCCGAAAAUCGACGACAAGAAAGUCAAGAAGGAGAAGAGGAAAGACGGCAAGCGGAAGCGGGAAGUCGCUGAUGCACCGGUUGACGCUAAAUCCUUGGCUGAGACGAAUGUCGACCGGGCGAACGGAGCUGAGGGAGGUGAGCCUCCGAAGAAGAAGCAUAAGGACGCCAUGGCCGAGGAUAGCAAGGAGCCCGAAGUGAAAAACCAAGAGAAGGAGGAUAAGAAGGGCAAGAAGAGAAAGAGGCACCAGGGGGAGGAUGAGCAGGUUCCCACCGUCAAGCGCGGCAUGGAGCAGGCAGUUGCUGCAACAACGGAUGAGACGAUGAAGGACGGCGACGAGAAGGAGGAGAGGAGGAAGGAGAAAAAGAAGAAAAAGAAGAAGGAAAAGAAGAAAGGAAGCGAGUCCGAGAAACGUGCACCGGCUGGGGCAACGGAAGCGGGACCUGAAGAUUCUCCCCAGGAGGAAGAAAAGCCCGGGAAGGAAGAGAAGAAGAAGAAGAAGAAGCACAAGAGGCAGGACGAGGACGGGAAUUUGAAAAUGCUCGACGCGGCUGCUGCUGGUUCGACAAACGAGCAGGCUAGGCCAGGCAAGGCGGAGGAGAAGGCGGAUCUGGAGGAGGCGAAGACGGAGAAAAAAGAGAAAAAGCACAAGAAGGAUAAAAAGGACAAGAAGGACAAGCUUGAGAAGAGCAAAACUGCGGAGACCUCGGAGGGGACCCCGAAGCAGGCAGCACCCUCUGCCGCUGCCGCAACCGGCGCCGACCUCAUGGAGCGGUGGAAUGUCCAAGGGCUCGACGGCGGCGCCAAACGCCAAGACAAAUUCAUGCGGCUGCUAGGUGGAAAGAAACAUGGCACCGCUGCUCCUGCCGCGGGUGGCGAACCCAAGGAGGGUUCUCGCAAGCGGUUCGACAUUGGCCAGGUCUCCCAGGAGCUUGAGAAGCAGUUCGACGCCGGCAUCCGGAUGAAGUUCGGCGGUGGCGGCCAGCGCCGAGGACUCGGCGCGUGAUGGGAACACCUCGUGUGUCUUUCAAGCUCCCGCAGCUACAUGUAUAUCCGCUGGGCGAUAUCGAACAAGGUUGAGAUACAACUUCAGAUCGCCGCCACCCUCUGCGGUCUUCUGGCAAAACAGAGCUGGUA